UGAAUUUCGACCGCCACCAUCCCAUGAAGAAAGAGACCUUGCAAGCAGACUACAUUGAAUAGGAGUAGCAGCUUUUAAAAGAGGGAAGUUUAUAAUACAGGGCACAGGAUAAAGAAUGGGAGAAAAACGGAAAAGACAGCAAAAACUUGGGAAUGUUCCACGGAUUCCUUGCAUUCGCGUCCCUUCCUCUGCCUUGGAGACUUCUUUACUGAAGGACCUAACCCAAGGGCAGCAGCGCUAUUUUUACAGCAUCAUGAGGAUUUACAAUUCCAGGCCCCAGUGGGAGGCCCUGCAGAACCGCUAUAUUCACAGCCUUCGGCACCAGCAGCUGCUUGGCCACAUUACUCAACAGGAAGCUUUGGCUUGUGCUGCUGUGCUUAGAGAUUCAACCAGGAGAGCCUCAGCUAAGGUAGCUCCCCAAAGAUCCAUCCUCCAGAAGCCUUCAGCCAUGACAAGAACAGGGCCGUCAGCACUACCUGUGGUUCAACGCAGGGCUAAAAGUGCAGGGCUUGGCUACCUCAGAAACCGAGGUUUUGCACAAGCUCUGAAACAGGUGCUUUGCCCAUGUACCCCGACAUCUAGUGGGUGCUCAGUACCUAUUUGGGGAAUGAGAAUGGAAAAAAAAAAGUAACUUCUAACACAAACCCCAUACCUAAGAAUAAUCUCUCUCCCACUCACAUAAAUUUUACCAGCAAGAACAAGUAGAAGGGUUUAAGAGCAGUG